GUGUUAGCUAUUUCCCUGUUUUCUGCCUUGUUUUGUGGACUGCUUCUUAGACUACUCUUAUUUAAAGUUAAGGCUUUUUAGUUUUAGGCUAUUCAUUUGAAGAUCCACAUUAUCAGGGCAUUUCGAAUAUAGAGUACUUUGACAUUAAUAUUUUUCAAGUUUCGUUCAAAACACAACAUGGAGGACACGUGUGUAAUAAAAAAGGAUGUUACUGAAUUGAUUGGAAAUACCCCAAUGGUAUAUCUCAACCAUAUUGUAGAUGGCUGUGUAGCUCGUAUUGCCGCCAAACUUGAGUUGAUGGAACCCUGUUCUAGUAUUAAAGACAGGAUUGCUUAUGGCAUGAUUCAAGAUGCAGAGGAUAAGGGUCUGAUUACUCCGGGAAAGACUGUCCUCAUUGAGGCUACUGGUGGUAACACUGGCAUUGGGUUGGCAUUCAUCGCCGCAAUCAGGGGUUACAAACUUAAACUUGCCAUGCCGGCUUCAAUGAGUCUUGAGAGAAGAAUUGUGCCCCAAGCUUUUGGAGCAGAGUUGUACCUUACAGAUCCUGCCAAGGGUGUUUAUGGGGUUUUUGAAAAGGCCAAUGAGCUACUCAGUAAAAUACCCAAUAGUUAUCUGCUUCAUCAAUUUGAAAAUCCUGCUAACCCAAAGAUCCAUUAUGAAACCACUGGCCCGGAGAUAUGGAGGGAUUCGGGAGGGAAAGUUGAUGCCCUGGUUGCAGGGAUAGGGACUGGGGGUACGAUAGCUGGUGCAGGGAGUUUCCUCAAGGAGAAAAACAGCAAGAUCAAGGUUUAUGGGGUAGAACCAGUUGAAAGCGCAGUCUUGAAUGGAGGAAAGCCUGGCAAGCAUCUGAUCCAAGGAAUUGGUGUUGGUAUCUUGCCUAUUCUUCUGGACGUCAACCUGCUUGAUGAAGUUAUUCGAGUAUCAAGUGAGGAAGCAAUCGAAACUGCCAAGCUACUUGCCUUGAAAGAAGGAUUGCUGGUGGGGAUUUCAUCUGGUGCUGCAGCGGCCGCUGCAACAAAGUUGGCAAGGAGGCCAGAAAAUGCAGGAAAACUCUUUGUUGUGGUUUUUCCCAGCUGUGGAGAGCGUUAUCUGUCUUCUGAGCUCUUUGAUUCCAUUAGGCAGAAAGCAGAAAAUAUGACUUUUGACUGAGGUGUUCAUGAAUAUCACAAACUGCCCAUGUCCUUUGCAUCCCGUGGAUGCCAUAAAUAAUGAGAGAUGUAGUUUGUUUGCAGUAUUUGCAGAACCUUUAACUAUAACUAAUAGAGAGAGUUUGAUGUUUUAAUGGUUGUUUGAUACUCGGCCUUCAACAUGGAAAAGCUCAAAUGGGAUGGCAAUUGCCAAUGGUUUAUUGGGUCUGUUA